AUGUUGCAGUCAGCUAUUUUACGCGCCCGCGCGCCCAUCUCGCGGCUCGUAUACCGCAUUCCUAGCUCUGGCACUCGCGCUAUGGGCACUUAUGCCACUUUCAAGGUCCCCCAAAUUAACAACGAGCCCAACAAACACUACAUUCCCGGUUCACCAGACCGCAAGGGACUUGAGGAUGCUCUGGCUAAGUACAAGCAGAGUGCGCCCUUGAAUGUGCCUUUGGUUAUUGCAGGCAAGGAGCUCAAGGGCUAUGAAACCUUCACCCAGAGCAACCCCGCAUCCCAUGCUCCUGUGGCCACCUACUCCAAUGCCACCAAGGCCGAUGUGCAGGCCGCAAUUGACUCAGCCCUCGCGGCUCGUAAGUCUUGGGCUGAUACUCCCUUCGCCGAGCGUGCCAGCAUCUUCCUCAAGGCCGCCGACCUGAUCGCGAGCAAGUACCGCUACGACAUCAUGGCUCUGACUAUGCAUGGGCAGGGCAAAAACGCCUGGCAGGCCGAGAUCGACUCCGCUGCCGAGCUUGUUGACUUCUUCCGAUUCGGCGUGAAGUACGCCGAGGAAGUUUACGCCCAGCAGCCUUCCCACAACUCCCCUGGCGUGUGGAACCGCACUGAGUACCGCCCUCUCGAGGGCUUCGUGUACGCCAUUAGCCCCUUCAACUUCACUGCCAUCGGUGGUAACUUGGCUGGUGCCCCAGCCCUGAUGGGCAACGUUGUUAUCUGGAAGCCCUCUCCCGCUGCUAUCGCCUCCAACUGGCUCGUGCACCAGAUCUUGCUUGAGGCUGGCCUGCCAAAGGAUGUUAUCCAGUUCGUUCCAGGUGAUGCUGAGGAGGUCACUAGCACCGUCCUUGAGAGCCGCGAGUUCGCUGCUCUUCACUUCACUGGAAGCACUGACGUUUUCCGUAUGCUGUACGGCAAGAUCUCCCAGGGCGUGGCGGAUGGCAAGUACCGCAGCUACCCUCGCAUUGUUGGCGAGACCGGUGGCAAGAACUUCCACUUGGUUCACAAGUCUGCGGAUGUCCGCAACGCCGCCGUCCAGACCGUGCGCGGUGCUUUCGAGUUUCAGGGCCAGAAGUGCAGUGCCACUUCUCGCGCAUACAUCGCCUCUUCUAUCGCCGAGGACUUCACCCAGCAGGUUGCCGCUGAGGUGCAGAAGAUCAACGUCGGUGAGCCCACCGAUUUCACCAACUUCUGCGGCCCCGUCAUCCACGAGGGAUCCUUCAAAAAGCUUGCCGGUGUUAUCGAUGAGGCUAAGAACGACCCUGAGCUUGAGCUCAUCGCUGGUGGAUCUUACGACUCCUCCAAGGGUUGGUACAUCCAACCUACCGUCUACCGUACCACCAACCCCGACCACCCUCUUCUAUCCCGCGAACUCUUCGGCCCCAUUCUGGUGAUCUACUCCUACAACGACGCCACCGACGCCGACUUCACCAAGAUUUGUGACAAGAUUGACAGCACCAGCACCUACGGCCUGACCGGUUCCGUAUUCGCCCAGGAUCGCGCCGCCGUCCAGGUUGCCGAUGAAGUCCUCCGUAACGCCGCUGGUAACUUCUACAUCAACUGCAAGAGCACUGGUGCCGUUGUUGGCCAGCAGCCCUUCGGUGGUGCCCGUGCCAGUGGUACCAACGACAAGGCUGGCAGUGCAAACCUGAUGACCCGCUUCGUCAGCUUGCGCUCCAUCAAGGAGGAGUAUGUCCCCACAUACACCGUUGCCUACCCCAGCAACGCCAACUAA